AGUCCGAACGCGAACGAAAUCGAAGCGAUGACGUUCUGUCACUCCGGCACACUCGUAUACUACGCGCCCUUUAGUUUCUUAUCUUUACCCUUUUAUUUUUCGUAAAGUUUUUGUUACGAUGUUAGUUUGAGUUUUAGAAGCGUUUUAUCUUAUUAUACGUAAAAUAGUUUGUUCGUUUUAAGUGAAAAGUUGAUAAAUAAGUUGUUCAUUUCAAAAUGUUGUCGAUGAGGCCGGUGGACGAGAGGCUCUUCAGUUUUAAGAGUCUGAAAGAGAAAUUUGAAAAGCCAAGGUUCGGCGGCGGUGUGCAGAGGAGCGCCACACAGGCCGAUAUGCCGAACCGAGGCGGCACUAUCGCCGAAAGAUUGGCGGCUCUUCAAGCAGCGGGAGCAAAUGAUUGGAGAGCGAGGGUAUGUCGGCUCAGCCCGGAGCGAGAAGACAGCAAGGCGAUAGAACGGGCAAAGAACAGAAUAAACGAAUCAUUAAACUCAGCAGUUGAUGAAAAGAAAAAGGUUCACAUCGAUGAAAACGAAUUAGGAUCAAAUAUUUUGGCCGACAGGCGGAAUAAAUUAGAAACUGCAGCACAGGGAUGGCGAAAACGUGUCCCGCAAACCGACGCCUCCCUAUUCACCGUCGCGGGACGUUUGGAACGGGACAAAAUCAUAGCGACCCCUCCCGUCACUCCGCCGCCUCUUUCAACUCCGCCUGCUUCAUCACCAGUUGUCACGCCAGCGGUCCCACCACCGAACAGGUUCAGAUCUCGAAAACCGACGUCACCUACAAAUGGCUUCGCGUCUGGACCCCUCCGUUCGGCUUCGUGUGCGGUGAUGAGCGCAGUCGUCGACAACAAACCAAAGGAAACUCCUAAAAUAGACCGAGAGUCAUUUAAAAGAAGUCACUCUGUUAGCGAAAGCAUUAGUCGAGUGGAUGAGCAAGAGGAAAUAUCUGGAGCGGAAAAGAUUGGAUGUCCCGUUCGAGUUCCUCGGGCGGACGACGAGACGUUCCAGGCGUUUUUCACGCCCGCCCUGCAGCAAGAGAAGUCACAACCAGCCGAUGUCGAAGUCGACCUUGACGCUAUUGACAGCGGUUCUAGGCAACUGUUGGCGAGUGAUUGGGCGAGACGUGCCAAACGUGAGAGGCGACACGCGGCUUCACGAAAUCCACUUCGAGCGCUAGCGGCGCGCACCGACCUGCGGCAGGAGUACCGCGCCCAGCCGCUCACCGCGCGAGACAACCUGCUCAAGGAGAAGAUUACAGCGAACUGCGGGUUGGCAGCGGAAGCGCUUGCAGCGCUGGCUACUAAAGAAGACUUUUCUAACGUAGCGCUGCGCAGCGCUGCAGCGCCACUCGCACUCACAGCGGGCACGCGACCGCUCAUGCUGCUGCAUGUCAAGGGGCGGCGGCGAGUGCAGACUCGACUCGUAGAACCAGUCCAUACUAACGUGAACCGCGGCGAUUGUUUCCUAUUGGUCACUCCGGAUCAAUUGUUCCUGUAUAUUGGACUCUAUGCCAAUGUCAUAGAAAGAAAUCGAAGCACAGACAUCGCACAACAUAUACAAAACACAAAAGAUCUCGGCUGCAAAAGCUCAACUGGACUCAUCAAAAUUGAUGAGCAGACAAAGAACUAUUCCAACAAACAUUGGAACCAAUUCUGGUCACUUCUUGGUGUCACUGAAGGAAUCGAGGAAUACAAACCAAUAGAAACAGGUCCCGCAGACGAAGACGAAAUCUACGAGUCGUGUAUCAUACAAACAAAUAUGUGCUACGAGGUCAUAGAUGACGAAUUAGUACCAAUUAAGGAAUACUGGGGUCAAGUACCGAAGAUAGCCAUGUUAAAUCUAUCCAAAGUUAUCGUUUUUGACUUCGGUUCAGAAAUGUAUAUUUGGUACGGAAAAAAUGUUCCACUCGAAAGUCGGAGAAGAGCAGCACAAUUGGCACAAGAACUCUUCGACGAAGGUUACAAUUACGAAGAAUGCCACAUUAAUCCUUUGAAUGCCGCUGCGUCUCUUGGAGCUAGAGAAGAUACUAAUUCGUCAACUAAAUCCGCCAAAAGUCGACCAGAGUGGGCUAUUUUAUCUAAAAUCACCCAGCACAUGGAAACGAUAUUAUUUAAAGAAAAGUUCCUGGAUUGGCCCGAUUACAGCCGCGUAAUCAAGGUCAAACCUCAAGAGAACAAAUCCAACAGUGUCGAAAUAAUCCCAUGCGACGCCGAGGAAAUGUGGUCCAACGAAUACCAAGAUCCCGAUCUUGUUCUAGAAGGUUCCCACAUCGGUCGUGGAACGCAUUACUACGACAAAGAAUCGAUGCGUCACUACGAUAUUAAAACAAAAUCAGUCUCUAAGUGGGUUAUACAGGAAUACGACUACCAGAAAGUCGAGAACGAGGACGAAAUCGGUGAAUUUUUCUCUGGUGAUAGUUACAUUAUCAGAUGGGAAUAUCAAAUAACAGUGACUGGGCGAGAAUUGAACGGCAAACCUUCCAAACAUAAUCUGACGGGUAGAGAUCGAUGCGCUUACUUCUGCUGGCAAGGUAGAGACGCUUCUUCCAACGAAAAAGGUGCUGCGGCCUUAUUGACCGUCGAAUUAGACAGAGAAAAGGGUCCUCAAGUUAGGGUAGCUCAGGGCAACGAACCCCCAGCGUUUUUGAAUCUCUUCCAAGGCAAACUAGUUAUCCACCAAGGCAAGAAAGGAACGGACAAGAGCAGGUACAGACUAUUCGUUACUCGUGGAAAUAUUUCAAACGAAGCGUAUUUAUUGCAAGUACCAUGUUCAGUGCGACAACUGCGCAGUCGCGGAUCAUUAAUUCUAGUCGAUACAGAGAAAGCCUGCUUGUAUAUAUGGCACGGCUUUCGAAGUUUGAAACACACGAAGCAAAUAGCGAUCGAGCUAGCGAACAAAUUGGUUGCGCGACAGUCGAGCUACUUAUUCGGAAACCAAGAUAUUAAGAUCAGUGAGGUUAAAGAGGGAGAGGAAUCAAAGGAAUUUUUGGAUUGUUUGGGGGUAACUAAUAAACAGUACUAUAAUUCGGUGUUGAGUGAGGGUCGGGGGUGUGGUGGGGAUGUGACGCCGCGUCUUUUCCACUUCACAGACUUGGGCGGGCAGUUCGAAGCCAAUGAGGUGUUGUCGCCGCUAAGGCAUGAACAUCUGGUGACACCCUUUCCUUUUGAACAAAAGGAGUUGUAUUCGGCUUCGCAACCCGCUCUGUUCUUGCUAGACGAUGGACAGAACGUUUGGGUGUGGCAGGGAUGGUGGCCGCAUCAUACUGAGCUUGACCCUGCGGAGAGAAACGGAGUGGGUGCGUUCGCGGGUCGAUGGCAAGCACUCCGUGCCGCAGCGUUGCGCACGGCGGACGCGUACUGGCGCGCGUCGCGGCCCGGCGCGGACACGGCGGACGUGCGCGUGGUGGCCGCGGGGCUGGAGCCGCUCGCCUUCACGCACCUGUUCGACACGUGGCGAGAGCACGAUGACGCGGCCGACGCGAAUAUCGCGCACGGCUACAAGGCGGGCGACACGCUGUGCGGCGCGCGCGAGCUGGCGCGCCUCACGAGCUGCGACGCCGUGCUGCCGCUGGCCGCGCUGCAGCGCCGCCCGCUGCCCGACACCGUGGACCCGCACCGCCUCGAGCGCCACCUCGCGCCAAGGGACUUCCUGGAGGCAUUCGGCAUGACCAAAGAAGAAUUUUCAAUGCUACCAGCAUGGAAACAGACCAACCUGAAAAAAGAUAUCGGCCUGUUUUGACCCGUCGGAAUCAACAGGGUCGCGGGUUGAACUUCGAGACAUAGUAUAAACUUUUGUACAACCGCUGCUAUUUCGUAAUUUUUUACCGAAAAUGUCAAUGGAUUUGAUACGAUUAAUGUUAAGAGCACGCUUUAAAUUUUAUAGCAUUGGAAAACAUUUUUGUACUAACGAAGUGUAACUAUGUAUUCGUUCACGUGAUAUUUUCAUGUACCGCCGUAGACUAGGCAUGUAGGCGCGAUAGGAUUUGAAAUUUGGAAUUGUAUGAUGUUGUAUAUUUGUCGCAUCCAUGGCAUGGUAUGGUAUGGUAUUUAUUAGAUUUUUUGUUGUUGUAUAUAGUAGUUUUUUUUUGGUUAUUUAUUUAUACUUUUUUUUUAAAUUGUUUCAAGAUUUCUUAAAUCGUAUUUUAACUCCACUCGUACUUUUCUAUAAAUUUGUAAUGUAAUAUACUAAAAAUUUUAGAAAUAUUUUUUAUUUAUUAAUAAUUCCCGCAUGGAUAUGACAAAACUGCAAUGAUAUGUAAAAGUGAUAUUUUUGUAUUUUUCGUUUUAGUGUUUUUCUAAGUGACGUUCAUGUUAUGCGUCUUUUUAGAUAACAUUAAAUGCGAAAUCUAUUUAGCGGAAAUGUAUCUGGUCAAUGUAUGAAUAUCGUUCUAAUCGCUAGAUUAUACGAUACUUCAACUAUUAUAUACGCUUUAGGAUAGGCUUUUAUAAUCUGUGGCGCUCGGAAAUAACAUGAAAAUUGUGAUAUCUUCAACCAUGAAAAGUUACGAGGCCCAGUCGUUGUGAAUAUUUCCGGGCCACAGAUAGACUAACUAUACAUUUUAACACAUCACAUAUCUUUAUCUACUCAUUAGCUACUUUUGUACUGAGCGUUGGGAGGACCAUGUUUAAAAAUUGUUGACUCACUCCUUACCGAAUAGAUUACCUUAGAAACUAUACCGUUAUACAUUUUUCUAAUGUAACUGAAUGAUUGCAGACCGAAUGUUGAAUGACGUUUCCUAACGAAACUAUUUUUUCGCUCAUGACUCACUGUUGAAAAUUUUAACGAAUAAUUUUAAUCGAAACCGUUUAGUUUUUAUUUUAGAUAAAAUUGCAUCCGAUAAUUUGGAAGAUAAUUCUUUAUAUUGGCAUGUUAUUUAUUUAUUAAUACGAUACUUCUACGUUGUCUACAUUUUUAGAUGUUUAUUUUUGUAACUGUUCUAGCUUUAACAUUACCUACUCAUACGCGUAUAGCAUCUGUUCGCGAGGUGCCAGUAUUUUAAAAUUACUCUUACUGCCAAUGAGUAGAAAAUAACAUUUUUAACUAUCAAGUCAUAAUUUAGUUAACGUACUUAGUUAACGUAAUAUAACCUAUGUUUUAUGCAUUUACGGCCGAUCCUGUACAGGCCUACCGUGGCAAAAACAUCUCUCAAAUCCAAUGUAUAAUGUUUUGCUUUGGUUGUGUUACUUAUACUAUAAUUAUUAUUGUAUUGAGAUUUAUUUUGUAUAAUAAUGAUGUAAUAAAUUUGGCUAAAAAUUUA